CAAAAAUCUUCUUCCUUUUGUCUACGGACACGUCGCGAGCACGUUGUAUUUUCCGUAGUUUUCACUAGAAAAAUACGAAAAUGUCGGCCAGUUUAACCUGGAUGAUUAUUCGCAACAACAACGCCUUUCUGGUGAAGAAGCGCAACAUCAAGAAACCGUUCAGCAGCGAGCCGAACAAUGUGACUAACCUCAACUCGUACAGAUACAAUGGUUUGAUCCACAAGAAAGCGGUAAGCGUGGUCGAGAAUCCCGACAGGAAAGGUUUCACAGUAGUGUACAAGAAGGCGAAGGCUACCAAUAAGCCCGUUAAGAAUGCAGUACGCCGUCAGUUCAAAGCCGGCGCUAGGAGGUCCCUGUUCAAAGUGAAGAGAUUGCUGAAGGCAAACCACUACCGCACCGACCUAUCUAAGGCCACCCUCCGCCGCGCGUCAGCCAUCCUCCGCUCCCAAAGGCCCAUCAAAGCGAAGAAGCCUAAAGCCGCGGCGGCUAAGACCGAAUAACUUAUAUGUAAGCUGACAAUAAAAAACUCAAAA